CACGCCACAUGGUUAGCAUCAGAGUUUUUAAGAUGGGUGCUGGUUAACUAGUCUUGCGAUACAUUUUACUUCAGAUAUUCGUAUUAAAAUAAAAUCAAAUCAAGUAAAGUUCAGUUUUGCGCCCUCGGCUUGGAUACGUUGUACUUUCCCUUAAAAAAUGGGAAAAACAAAGACUAGGAACCAGAAGAAAGCCCGCGAGGCUGCCAGUCGUGUGGCCGAGGAGACUUACUCGACUGUGCCGCACACCUUCGUGUUUCACCGCGGACAGAUAGGCAAGAACGUCACUCAGCUCGUGACAGACAUGAGGCGAGUCAUGGAGCCUUUCACCGCCAGAGCUCUGAAGGUGCGACAGAAAAACGUCUUGAAAGACUUUGUUGCAGUGGCAGGACCAUUAGGAGUCACGCACUUCUCAAUAUUUACCAAAACUGAAAAUACUAUGAACAUGAGGCUUGCACGUCUUCCCAAAGGUCCAACGUUACAUUUCCGUGUUGCGAAGUACACACUCAGCAAAGAUGUAGUUUCGUCUUUAAAGAGGCACAGGAUGCAUGAACAGCAGUUUUCCCAUCAUCCUUUGCUAGUGCUGAAUAAUUUCGGCAUAGAGGGCAUGCACAUCAAGCUGAUGGCCACCAUGUUCCAGAACAUGUUCCCCUCGAUCAACGUACACAAGCUCAACCUCAACAGCAUAAAAAGAUGUGUGCUGUUAAAUUAUGACCCCGUGUCCCAAGAGGUGGAGUUUCGUCAUUACAGCUUGAAGGUGGUGCCUGUGGGCAUGAGUCGAGGGGUGAAGAAGCUGAUGCAGGAGAAGUUCCCCGACAUGAGCCGGCUGGAGGACAUCAGCGAGCUCCUCAUGAAAGGUGUCAAUCUUUCAGAGAGCGAGGCAGAGCAGGACGGAGACCACAACAUUACAGAGUUACCACAGGUGUACUCUGGUCGUGGAAACAUGGCCUCGCAGCAGAGCGCAGUUCGGCUGACUGAGAUUGGCCCCAGAAUGACUCUGCAGCUGGUGAAGAUAUCAGAAGGCAUGGGGGAAGGAAAAGUGCUUUAUCAUUCCUUUGUCUCGAAAACAGAGGAAGAGCUUCAGGAGAUGCUGAAAAGGAAGGAGGCCCGUCUGAAAGAGAAAGAAGAACGGAAGAGAAAACAAGAACAGAACAUUGCCCUGAAAAAAGAAAAACGAGAUCAGAACAAGCAAAAGAGCUUGGAAGGCAUCAAGAGAAAGCGUCAGCAGGAAGGGCAGGAAUCAGAUGAUGAAGUGGAGGAUCCUGGGAAACCGGAGGGCCAGGCUCCAGCUGAGGACUCUGAGGACGAAGCAGAGUAUUACAGACAGGCUGUGGGGGAGGAACCAGAUGAAGACAUGUUUCCUGGUACAAAAAGGAAGCGUGGUCCUGGAAAGUCUACAAUGCCCUUUAAAAAGAGGAAGUUGACACCGGGGAAGGGCCCUCCUCAUGACAAAAGGAGUUUUAAGUCUGACUGGGGUAAUAAAGAUGGCAGAAAGCGGUUUGGGGAUAGAAAACCGCUAGAGGGGAGAAACAAGUUUCGAAAGAGCGAAGGAGGCAAAAAGUUUGGCCAGAAAGGGGGGAAAGGAAAUAGAUUUGCCGGGCAGAAAAAAGGAGACACCGGUAAGAAGUUUGGCGGACAGAAAACAUUUAAAGGACGUGCUGUUAUGAAACGACAGAAAGGUGCCGGAGGAAAAAAAGACUUUAAACAUAAGAAAGGGAAAAAUUAAAGGAACUGAAAGCAAGGUUGGAUGCAUCCAAACUGCUUAACCACAAGAUGGAACUGUUGCUUCACCGAUGCAUGUAUUACAUGACUGAUGUAUCAUCAUGUAUAAAUGCAAAAACAUCAGCAGAUCAAUGCUGCUUUCUGUCAGAUACAUUUUACCAAUAAAGCCUUUCAAACAAUCAA